AAAUGUUAAAGUUAGGAAUCUUGAAAUGAGUAGGACCUUACCAUUAGCAUACUUCACCAGUAUCAGCAGCAAUAUCUCUACUUGGUCAGGGACAUUAGCAGCUUCUCCUCGAUUCUCUCUUUUAUUUUUCUCUUCUCAACCUCGUCUCUCACUCUUCAGCUCCACUCCCAUUUCUCACUACGUAAAAAAUCUACCAGCUAUUUUGGCCAUGGAUUCUUCUAAAGCUGGUACUGUGAAGGAAUUGCCAGUGGGGCUAGAUGAAGCUACCGAGGAAGAAUAUGCUUCCCAGUCUAAAUUACUUCAAGAGUUUACUAAUAUCUCUAGCAUCGACAAGGCAUGGGUUUUUAAGUCUGAAAGUGGAAUAUGCUCCCAAGCAAUGUUUUUAAUUAGCCAACCGAAUCUUUUGGCAAACAAGAAAAGAAAGUUUAUGUUGUCAACUAGUAUUUCGAAAGAAAGUAACAAUAAUGUAAACUUCCAAUGGGCACCAUUUCCUGUUGAGAUGACAGGAGUGUCUAUAACUGUUCCUUCACCAUCAGGUUCCAAGCUUCUUGUGAUUAGAAAUCCUGAAAAUGAAUCUCCCACACAAUUUGAAAUAUGGAGUUCAUCUCGGUUGGAGAAGGAGUUCCGGAUUCCCCAAUCCACUCAUGGCUCAGUGUAUGCUGAUGGCUGGUUCGAGGGAAUCUCUUGGAACUCUGAUGAAUCUCUUAUUGCUUAUGUUGCUGAGGAGCCAUCUCCCUGCAAGCCUUCGUUUGAUUGUCAGGGUUACAAGCAAGGUGCUGCAAAAGAUAAAGAAUGCAUGAGCUGGAAAGGUCAAGGGGAUUGGGAGGAAGAAUGGGGGGAAUGUUAUGCAGGAAAAAGGCAGCCUGCACUCUUUGUGAUCAAUCUUAACAGUGGCAAGGUACAUGCUGUUAAAGGAAUUGCAAAGUCUUUGAGUGUAGGACAGGUCGUUUGGGCUCCACCAGUGGAAAGCAUCGACCAAUAUCUGGUUUUCGUGGGGUGGUCAGCAGAUCCGAGAAAACUCGGUAUAAAAUACUGCUAUAACAGACCCUGUGCAUUAUAUGCGGUGAAGGUUCCACUUUAUAAGUCAGAAGCUGCUCAGUCAGAUCUCAAAUCAAUGGAGGAACUGACUGUUGUCAACUUAACACAAAGCAUAAGUAGUGCAUUCUUUCCACAAUUCAGCCCAGAUGGAAAGUUCAUUGUGUUUCUGUCUGCAAAAGCCUCAGUGGACUCUGGAGUACACUCUGCAACUGAUUCUCUUCACCGAAUUGAUUGGCCUACUGAUGGCAAGCUAUGCUCAUCUACAAAGAUCAUUGAUGUGAUUCCUGUGGUGAACUGUGCCGAGGAUGGUCAGUUUCCGGGGCUUUACUGUUCAAGUUUUCUUAGUAAGCCAUGGCUUUCGGAUGGAUGCACUAUGAUUUUAUCUUCCUAUUGGCGCAGCUGUCAAGUGAUACUUUCUGUAAAUGUGUUAAGUGGUGAAGUAUUACGAAUCAGCACUGCUGACUCAGGUUUUUCAUGGAAUGUUCUGACACUAGACGGGGACAACAUUAUUGCUGUGUGUAGCAGCCCGAUAGAUGUUCCUCAAAUCAAAUAUGGCUGCCUUGAGGACAAAGCGACUAAUACAACCGCUUGGCAUUGGUUAAAUGUCUCAAGCCCCAUUUUUAAAUGUUCAGAGAAGGUUACGUCUCUGCUUUCACAUCUUCAGUUUGGUAUCACGCAAAUUCCAGUGAAAGAUGUUUCUGAUUGCUUGACAAAAGGAGCUGCUAAGUCUUUUGAGGCAAUAUUUGUAUCUUCCAAGGUAAACAAUGCACCUGAUCCGCUAAUAGUGGUCCUUCAUGGAGGGCCUCAUUCCGUCUCUUUGUCAAGCUUCUCAAAGUCAUUGGCAUUUCUUUCUUCACUUGGUUUCAGCCUAUUAAUUGUAAAUUAUAGAGGUUCACUGGGAUUUGGCGAGGAAGCAUUGCAAUCUCUUCCUGGGAAAAUUGGGUCUCAGGAUGUCAAUGAUGUACUCACAGCUAUAGAUCAUGUCAUUGAGAAAGGACUUGUCAACCCAUCUAAAAUAACUGUUCUUGGUGGUUCACAUGGCGGCUUUCUAACUACGCACUUGAUUGGUCAGGCACCGGAUAAGUUUGUUGCAGCUGCCGCACGGAAUCCAGUUUGUAAUCUUUCAUCCAUGGUUGCCACAACAGAUAUUCCUGAUUGGUGUUACGUGGAAUCUUACGGAAGCAAAGGAAAAACUAUCUUUACUGAAGCACCUUCAGCUGAACACUUGACUCACUUUUACAGCAAGUCUCCUAUAUUGCAUAUUUCUAAGGUUAAAGCUCCAACCAUCUUUCUUCUAGGUGCGCAGGAUCUUCGCGUCCCGGUUUCUGGGGGAUUGCAAUAUGCACGGGCAUUAAAGGAGCGAGGAGUUGAGACCAAAAUCAUCCUGUUUCCUAAUGACAUCCAUGCAAUUGAAAGGCCGCAAUCCGAUUUCGAGAGCUUUCUUAACAUUGGUGUUUGGUUCAAAAAGUAUUGCAAAUGAAAAGGUAAAAGUUUCAUGUCGUCUAGGGCCAAACAUGUUUGUAAUUAAGGACUUAAUCAUCAUAAUAAUCUCUAAGAUGGUUAAUUUGUCCCUUGCACUACAUGCAAUAAUGUAAAGAUUCUAGCGUUUUGUGUUAUGUUUGGAAAUAUGAAUUUGUAAUGUUGGAUUCGUAUUUCAUUCGGCAAAUAAUGUUAGAUCGUGUAUCCGAAUUUUAACGAUGAUGACUUGGGAAAUUUUCA